UGUACGUGGAGUUUGAUGACCUGGAGUGGGAGAAGCGUGAGUGGGUGAAAGUGUACGAGGACUUCCAGGUGUUCCUGCUGGAGCAGCAGCUGGUAUGGGCCAAGAGGAGAGAGGGCACCCUGCUGGUGGAGAACCCCCAGGGGACUAAAGACAAGCACAUCCAGUGGCCAGCUCUGACGUUCAAACCUCUGGUGGGGAAGGCUACUCUGGGUUCCAUCACGGCUGUAGAGUUCUUCUCUGACAGACAACUGGACUUCCUGUCUGACCACGGAGCAUACCAGCCCUACCAGGAGGAAGUGGACAGUUUGAGUCCUGUUCUCAGGGACAACCCUCAGCUUCAUGAAGAGGUCCGGUUCUGGCUCAAAGAUCAAAAGGUUCAGGACAUUUUUUUGCAAGGUCCAUAUUCAUUAAAUGGUUACCGAGUUCGUGUUUACAGACAAGACUCGGCCACUCAGUGGUUCACAGGGAUCAUCACACAUCAUGACCUCUUCAGCCGUAAUAUGGUUGUGAUGAAUGACCAGGUUCUAGAGCCCCAGAACGUUGACCCCUCUAUGAUCCAGAUGACCUUUCUGGACGAUGUGGUCCACUCUCUGCUGAAAGGAGAGAACAUCGGUAUCCAGUCCCGACGCAGGUCCCGUUCCAACCAGAACAACUCUGCCCACGAACCAGAUCUCUCUGUGCCGCCAUGUUGUUAUCCAAUUCGUCAACAGACAGCAGGAGGGAGACCCACCGGCACCACAGGAAGAGAGCAGGGUCACUACACCCGUGCCCAAGCCAACAGCCCCAGACCAGUCAUGAACUCCUCUGGCGGGGCAGUGAAGCAGGGGUCAGGGGUCACCACCCAGCAGGGUCAAGGUCAGGGCGGGUCCCAGAGCCAGCAGGCCCCAGCGCAGCACUCCCCUUGCCAGGAACAGACGCAGCACCGCGGACCUGGCUUCUCCAGGAGGAAGGGAUCUGACAGCAGUGUCCCUGAUGAUGACUUCAAGGGAGACAACGUGGACUGUAACGAGAGAGCAGGGAGAGGAGGUGAGGAUGAUGGUGAAGAUAGAACAAGAGACUUCUUUAAAAGUACGAGCAGCAAGCAGGUGGCUGUGAACAAGCGGAGGAAAGCGGAUGAGGAAGAGGAGGAAGAGGAGAAGAAAUCAGGUUUGAAAAGACUGAGAAGCGAGACUACAGUGAGGUCUGACUUCUCUGAGAGCAGUGACUCUGAGAUGUCUACCAAGAGAACCAGGACGGCAGACUCCUCCUCUUUCUCAGAGCAGAACUCAGAGGAGGAGCUAAAAGGAAAGACCGGCCAGGAGGGGCACAAGACCCAGGGUUCUAAGACUGGGAAGGAGUCUGCUCUGACAGGCAGUCUCUCCCCCUGGGGUGAGGAGCUUCAGAAGGCGGAGUUUCAGCAGUCAUCAGCCGACAGGGAGCAGAGGUCAUCCCUGCGACAACCUCAACGACAGGGGGAACGGUCUCCACUGCAACAGCAGCAGGCCCCUCCCCUGUCCUCCUCCUCCCAGGGCUCUGCCCCCUCUGAGGGCCAAGGGGAGUGCAUCAUGGAGAACAACAGCACUAUGAAAUCCCAGACCCAUCCCCAGUCCAAGGACCAGUACACCAGCGCUGAGAUGGUCUCCAGGACCCAGACUCCCUCUCAGUAUAUAAUCGACAUCACAGCAGAGGACGCUAACGCACACAUGGCCUCCCGGGAGAACUCUGAGGCCGUCUCGGCCCUGCUGGCCUCCCAGAAUCCAUCUGAGCCCUCCUACCUCUCUGAGCCCAGCAGACAUUUGGUGCUGAACCCCUCUGUUGCCCCUCCCUCUCCCCUUCGUAAGAGCCCCUCGGAGUGUGACCUUAGGAACCAGGCUCCCUCAGUGUCAGAGUGUGACCUUAGGAACCAGACUCCCUCAGUGUCAGAGUGUGACCUUAGGAACCAGACUCCCUCAGUGUCAGAGUGGGACCUUAGGAACCAGACUCCCUCAGUGUCAGAGUGUGACCUUAGGAACCAGACUCCCUCAGUGUCAGAGUGUGACCUUAGGAACCAGACUCCCUCAGUGUCAGAGUGUGACCUUAGGAACCAGACUCCCUCAGUGUCAGAGUGUGACCUUAGGAACCAGACUCCCUCAGUGUCAGAGUGUGACCUUAGGAACCAGACUCCCUCAGUGUCAGAGUGUGACCUUAGGAACCAGACUCCCUCAGUGUCAGAGUGUGACCUUAGGAACCAGACUCCCUCAGUGUCAGAGUGUGACCUUAGGAACCAGACUCCCUCAGUGUCAGAGUGUGACCUUAGGAACCAGACUCCCUCAGUGUCAGAGUGUGACCUUAGGAACCAGACUCCCUCAGUGUCAGAGUGUGACCGUAGGAACCAGACUCCCUCAGUGUGUAGGAAGCCGGAGGUAAAGCAUGACAUAGCUGGCAGCCUGGGCAGUAAGAUGGGGUUAGUCCAUUCAGUGGUGAUCAGACCUAUAGCAUCAGUCAGUGAGUCUGCUGCUGUAGUAGAGAGAGAGAAGCAGCUAUAUUCCUCCAUGCUGCCCUGCAUUAAGAACGCCUCAUUGGCCGACGAGGCCAGGAAGUCGUACAAGCUAAGCCCCUCCCCUGAUGUCCCCAAGUCCCUCCCCUCCCCAGAGGCCCUGAAGCCGAAGCCCCUCUGCUCCCCUGACAUCGUCAAGUCUAAAACACAGAGUGUUCUGGAGACUUGUUCUAAACCCAAACCCCUCACCUCCCCAGAGGUGUCCAAGCAUAAAGGCCAUUACCCGGACAACACCCCUCGCUCCAGCUUUAAGCCCGUCCUGGCCCGAGGGACUGAGUCGCCAGGAUCUUGCACUAAGAGCCCGCUAAUCAUCGAUAAGAACGAGCAUUUCACCGUGUACCGGGACCCUGCGCUUGUCUGUCCCAACCAGGAGACCAACCACGUGUCCUAUCUGCACCCCCAGCUCCACCCCCUCCACGCCUCCUCCCACGCCUCCUGCCUCACCCCCUCUUCCACCCACCACCACACAUCCCACUCCCACCACCACCUCCUCUCCGGGGUGCUCUCUGGCCUGCCUCCAGGCCCCUUGCUGGGGGGUCAUCCCCGACUAGACUCCUCAGGGCUGGGGCACCUGGGACUAGCUCAUCACCACCCUGUCUCUCAGCCCCAGACACACAGCCACACCUCAGCCUCAUACAACCAGCUGGGGCUGUAUCCAAUCAUCUGGCAGUACCCCAAUGAGACCCACUCUUAUCCCCCAAGACUCAACCUGCCCGGGUCCAAGUGGGUGCACCCUGAAAACCCUGUCAGCUCUGAGACCAACAUGAGGAGGAACACGGCCAGCCCUUGGCUACACCACCAGGUCCCUGUCUCCUCCUCUGACAGCCUGGACCAACUGAGCCACGUCCCGGUCCCCAUCCGACCAGCCAGCGCCGACCCUCACCGGUCCGACCCCCAUCCCCACCGUUCAGAACCACACCGCUCCGACCCCCACCGGCUCAUCAAGAUCAACCCCCACGCCAGCCCCCCUCUGCCACCGGCCAAGACCGCUGGAGAUCUUCACAGGGAGGAUUUGAAGGGUUUUGUGGACCCCAUCAGAACCAUCACUCUGGCCCACCUGAAGCAGGAGCAGGACCGCAGCAGAACCCCGACCGGGAAGGACAGUCACCUGCACCAGCUCUACCUGGAGGCCUGUAAUAAACAACAGCAGCAGAGGAUGGCCCAGCAACAGCAGGAAGCAGGGCAGAGGGACCGGGCCAGUAAGUAUAAGGAGGAGAACAGACGGAUCCUCCAGGAGAGCAUUGAGGUGGCCCCCUUCACCGCUAAGAUCCGCUCCAGUGAGACCGACAGGGAGCCUAACCCCUACCCCCGGAUCCCCUCGCUCCCCUCCCUGCCCCACCCCUACCCCCGGAUCCCCUCGCUCCCCUCCCUGCCCCACCCCCAGCGCCCCCACCAGGAGAAGGAAACGGAGCCCCCUGCUGCAGACCUGUAUCAGUUUAAACAGCAGUCCCAGCACAGUCUCCCCCCCAGUAACUACUUCACUACCCUGUCCAACAGUGUGGUCAACGAGCCACCGCGUCUCUACCCGUCUAAAGAGCUCAACUCAUACUUUGACAAGGUGAGCAGGGAGCAGGAGUCUGCAGCAGCCUCUAGUCUCUCUCUGGGAGGAGGGGCAGCGUUCAGCUCCAAGUCCCUGUCCAAACCCCCUCCUCUCAUCAAACACCAGGCUGAUGGGGAGGGUCUGCUAGGGAAGAUAUCAGAGCAGCUGAACCAGCAGGUAAGCUUAUCCAACAUGCAGAGGUAUCGUCUCAGUACCAUAGUCAGCCCUGUUAGUCCAGACCUCUCGCCUUCUUCCAGUCAGAGUCAGACCCAGAGCCAGACCCGAACCCACUGUCAGAGCCAGAGCCAGACCCGAACCCACUGUCAGACCCAGAGCCAGACCCAGAGCCAGACCCGAACCCACUGUCAGACCCAGAGCCAGACCCGAACCCACUGUCAGAGCCAGACCCAGAGCCAGACCCGAACCCACUGUCAGACCCAGAGCCAGACCCAAGCCCAACUAAGGUGUAUGCCAGCACUGCACCGUGCCCCUGUGUUCCACCCUCCAAUCCAGCAGACACUGGACAGGAAGGAGGCGGGCUACGGCCGUUUGUCUCCACCCACCCUGACCCCCAUCCAGCCAGUCAGCUCGGCCGGUAAGGUGUCUGAGCAGCAGAAACCGCCCACCCUUCUGCCCGAGCUACGGGAGGUCAGCGCCGUGUGUAAGGGCGGGGCAGCGAUGACCUCAUCCGAGGUGUGGCGAGCCGGCGACUCUCAGAGCCACGACAAGCUGGGAUGGCAUUCUGAGAGGAGCCCCGGCAGGAAGCCUGGGGCCACCACGGCGUCUGUUAUCGUCCGUCCCUCUACGUGUAUAAAGUACGACGGCUCGCCAGGCGCCAAGACCUCUUCCUCGGCCAAGGACUCUCUGAUGGGGAGGAUGUUCCCAGGCGGCAGGCCUCAGACAGUCUGUCUGAAACUGGCCUAUGAGAGAGACAGGGAGUCUGGAGGGAAGGUGAUCCUGCCAAACACUAACUUGGAGGAGGCUGUUUGCGUGCAGCAGUACAAUAACAACUUUAUGAGAGUGUCCCAGUCUCAGGGAACCUUUCCAGUCUCUGUCUCGGCUGCUGCCAACUCUGUGUGCAAUAGGAGUAGUGAUGUGACUAGGGCAGUCUCCAACAUGGCUCCCUACGGUGUGCUGAGUAGAAGACAAGAGAGAACCUACUGUGGGCCCAACACCUCCAGCGCUAGCAGGACAGAGAGCUGUGGCCCUCGGGGCAGGGCCUUCCACUCAGGGCCUGGGUUAGAACCAAGGGCCGAGCUCCAGCAACAGGAGGGGAGCUCCUCCAGAACCUCAUCCCCCAACCUGCACCCCGGCCCCAGCCUGGCCAGCAGCACCCAGGCCUCUCCCAACCCCAGCCAGUCCUACUAUGGGAGCUUUAUCCAUCUGAAGAAGCACAAGGCAGCGUUGGCAGCAGCCCAGCAGUCCAGAGGUCCUAGCAGCAGCACCAGUGGUAGUGGUCCUGAGAGCCUGAUUGAGCCAUCUAACAGUAAAGCUCUUCACAUCUCCCCUCCACCUCCCCUUGCCUCGGCCUCAGCCCAGAACCACAGAACCACAGCAAGCCCAGGACCACAUCAAGCAGGAGCUAGCCCCAGCCCUGGCCCCCUCCCCAAUGGCCAGCCAGCCCUGAUGAACCAGAGCCAGUCUCAACCCAACUACCACAAGCUGAAGAAGGCCUGGCUCACCAGACACUCAGAGGAGGACAGAAACAUAAACACUAUGAUGAAAACAGAGGAGGCUGAUAAGGCUGUUACCACCACUGUGAGCCCCUCUGUGUCCAAGUCUGUUACCACCACUGUGAGCCCCUCUGUGUCCAAGUCUGUUACCACCACUGUGAGCCCCUCUGUGUCCAAGUCUGUUACCACCACUGUGAGCCCCUCUGUGUCCAAGUCUGUUACCACCACUGUGAGCCCCUCUGUGUCGAAGGCUGUUACCACCACUGUGAGCCCCUCUGUGUCCAAGGCUGUUACCACCACUGUGAGCCCCUCUGUGUCCAAGACUGUUACCACCACUGUGAGCCCAUCUGUGUCGAAGGCUGUUACCACCACUGUGAGCCCCUCUGUGUCCAAGUCUGUUACCACCACUGUGAGCCCCUCUGUGUCCAUGUCUGUUACCACCACUGUGAGCCCCUCUGUGUCCAAGUCUGUUACCACCACUGUGAGCCCCUCUGUGUCCAAGUCUGUUACCACCACUGUGAGCCCCUCUGUGUCGAAGGCUGUUACCACCACUGUGAGCCCCUCUGUGUCUGAGAUGGAGAUGAUCAAGCCUUGCACCGUCACUCUGAUUGCCUCUACCUCCAGUGAUGUGGAGAUGAAGAUAGAAGAGGUCAAAGGUCAGGAGGACAAGAUGGCCGCUGAGGACAGGAUUACGCGGCGUGGGAGCAAGAGGGUGUACGACCACGACUCGGCCUCAGAGAGCGGAGAGGACUCUGACGCCAGCGAGAGCAGCAAGCAGGGGCAGAGGGCGAAGAGGCAGCCCAAACCCACCUACAAGAAGAAACAGAACGACAUGCGCAGGAGGAGAGGAGACGGAGAGAAAGAUGAGGAUGAGCUGAAACCCAACGGGAUCUUUAGGAGCGCCAGGGAGAAGACCAAGCUGAAAUUGUCCAGCAACAAUGGUAUCCCCCGCUCUGUGCUGAAGGACUGGAGGAAGGUGAAGAAGCUGAAGCAGACGGGGGAGUCGUUCCUGCAGGAUGACUCGUGCUCCGAGAUUGGACCCAACCUGCAGAAGUGUCGGGAGUGUCGUGUUGUUCGCAGCAAGAAGGGGGAGCAGCCGGCUCAUUCCCCUGUCUUCUGCCGCUUCUACUACUUCCGCCGCCUGUCCUACAGUAAGAAUGGAGUGAUCCGUGUGGACGGCUUCUCCACUCCAGAUCAGUUUGAUGAGGAGGCUCUGUCCCUCUGGGCUCCUGAUGUAUACGAGGAGAAUGAGUUGGACCCAGACUCCUCCAAGUACAUCCUCUCAUAUAUAGGAGACCAGUUCUGUCAGAUGGUCACCACUGAGAACACUGCUGCUACAUGGAUCAAAAAAGAUGCCAAGAUGGCCUGGAAGAGGGCUGUGAGAGGGGUCCGGGAGAUGUGUGACGCGUGUGAAGCCACCUUGUUUAAUAUUCACUGGGUCUGCCACAAAUGUGGCUUCGUGGUUUGUCUGGACUGUUACAAGGCAAAGGAGAGGAAGACCUCCAAAGACAAAGAGCUGUACGCCUGGCUGAAGUGUGUCAAGGGACAGCAGCAUGGUCACAAGUACUUGAUGCCAACACAGAUUAUCCCAGGAACUGUUCUGACAGAGGUGGUGAGCGCCAUGCAUCUGUUCAGGGAGAAGUACAGCAUCAGGUCUCCAUGUGUCUGUACUGGGAAACACAACCCUCUACUCAGCAAGCUGCCUGCUACCAAUGGAGUCUCUCAGGUUCUCCAGAACGUGUUAAACCACAGCAACAAGAUCUCUCUAUGUAAUGUGAAGACAGAGCCUGGGCAGCUGAACCCCAUCCAGGGUAAAGCUGAGACUAACGGAGGCUCCAGCCCUGCCUCGGACCCCUCCUCUGACUCCAAACCGACUCCCCCGGAGUCCCAGAGCCCUCUCCACUUCCUGGCUGACCUGACUGAACAGAAGUCACGGGAAGACAAGAAAGAAAACAAGGAGUCUCCUCUGGGUAAGGUGGGCAAGGAGGAGAAGGUCAGUAGCCUGGAGUCUCUCCACUGUAAAGCGUCUAGCCUGGUGUCUAACAUCACAGAACAGGGCUCUACUCUAAGAGACCUCCUGACGACCACCGCUGGUAAACUACGUCUGGGCUCUACUGAUGCUGGCAUGGCCUUCGCUCCUGUAUACUCCACCGCAGCACAGAUGGGGAAGAGCGGCCGUAGCAUGCCCAACAUCCUGGAUGACAUCAUCGCGUCCGUGGUGGAGAACAAAAUCCCUGCCAGCCGAGGAGCCAAGCUGAGUCUGAAGCUGGAGGCCACCACCACCACUACAGAGGACAGGGAGGUGAAGACGGAGAGGAUCGAGAGGAAGAAGCAGACUGGGACAGGUCCUAACCCUGGGACGGGGACAGGUCCUAACCCUGGGACGGGGACAGGUCCUAACCCUGGGACGGGGACAGGUCCUAAGCCUGGGACGGGGACAGGUCCUAAGCCUGGGACGGGGACAGGUCCUAACCCUGGGACGGGGACAGGUCCUAACCCUGGGACGGGGACAGGUCCUAACCCUGGGACGGGGACAGGUCCUAACCCUGGGACGGGGACAGAAGAGCUUCCUGAACCCAAGCCUCAGCUAGAGAAGGCCCUGCAGCUCCAUGCUGACAUCCCCCACUGCUGGUUGUAUGAUCGCAGACUGCUCUGGCUGAAAGACCAUCGACACCCUGGCAACUGUAAGCUGUUCAGAGAGUGUUGGAGACAGGGACAGCCUGUCCUGGUGACUGGGCUCCAUAAGCCUCUGAAUGCAGCUCUGUGGAAGGCGGACAGCUUCAACCUGGAGUUUGCUGACCAUCAGGGAGACCUGCUGAACUGUAAAGAUGGACUUGUCUCGAACUCUGGAAUCAACGAGUUCUGGGAUGGCUUCGAGGACCUCACCAAGAGACCCAAGUCUAAAGACGGAGACACCGUGGUGUACAGGCUGAAGGACUGGCCAUCAGGAGAGGAGUUCAUGGCCCUGAUGCCUUCCAGGUAUGAUGACCUGAUGAGGAAUCUGCCCCUGCCUGAGUAUUGUGACCCUGAAGGGAACCUCAACCUGGCCUCUCAUCUACCCAGCUUCUUCGUACGCCCAGACCUCGGACCACGCCUCUGCUGUGCUUAUGGAGUGGCAGCGUCUCAGGAGCAGGACUUUGGGACAGCUAACCUUCACAGGGAGGUCUCUGACAUCGUCUCUGUCCUGGUGUACGUAGGAGUGGCCAAGGGGAACGGAGUCCUGUCCAAGACGGGAGUGUUGAAGAGACUGGAGGAGGAAGACUUGGACGACAGCGUGAAGAAGAGAUUAAAGGAUUCCAGCGAGACACCUGGAGCCUUGUGGCACAUCUACAUUAGCAAAGAUGUGGAGAAAAUUAAAGACUUUCUGCACAAGCAGGUUGCUAAGGAGCAGGGGGCGGAGAUUUCAGCAGAGCACGACCCAAUCAGAGAGCCGGGCUGGUACCUGAGCAGGAAGUUGCGUCAGCGUCUGUGGGAGGAGCAUGAUGUGCAGGGCUUGACCGUGGUUCAGUUCCUGGGGGACUCUGUCCUCAUCCCGGCCGGGGCGCUGCACCAGGUGCAGAACCUUCACAGUUGUGUCCAGGUGAUAAAUGACUUUGUGUCUCCAGAGCAUGUAUUCCACUCCUUCCACCUGACACAGGAACUGAGAUCCUCCAGAGAAGAGCCCAACUACGAAGAUAAACUACAGGUAAAGAACAUCUUGUUCCACUCUGUGAAGGAUGCAUUGACGUCGCUGAGGAGGUACAGCCAGGAGGAGGAAGAGAACUCCUGACCCGUAGUCCCCCUGGCUCCUCCCUCUCUGGCACCUCCCUCUCUGGCUCCUCCCUUUCUGGCGCCUCCCUCUCUGAGACAUCUUCCUUCAGCCUGGAACAGAUAUAUACACACUGACACUAACCACAACAGCAGAACACACUACAACACACUAAAACUACAUGUUACUGACCAGCACCACCCGGCAUCAGGAUACUGACCACAGCAGCAUCACCACCCAGCAUCAGGAUACUGACCACAGCAGCAUCACCACCCAGCAUCAGGAUACUGACCACAGCAGCAUCACCACCCAGCAUCAGGAUACUAACCACAGCAGCAUCGCUACCACAGCAUCAGGAUACUCACCAUAGCAGCAUCACUACCCAGCAUCAGGAUACUGACCAUAGCAGCAUCACUACCCAGCAUCAGGAUACUGACCAUAGCAGCAUCACUACCCAGCAUCAGGAUACUGACCAUAGCAGCAUCACUACCCAGCAUCAGGAUACUGACCACAGCAGCAUCACCACCCAGCAUCAGGAUACUGACCACAGCAGCAUCACUACCCAGCAUCAGGAUACUGACCAUAGCAGCAUCACUACCCAGCAUCAGGAUACUGACCACAGCAGCAUCACUACCCAGCAUCAGGAUACUGACCAUAGCAGCAUCACUACCCAGCAUCAGGAUACUGACCACAGCAGCAUCACCACCCAGCAUCAGGAAACUGACCACAGCAGCAUCACCACCCAGCAUCAGGAUACUGACCACAGCAGCAUCACCACCCAGCAUCAGGAUACUGACCACAGCAGCAUCACCACCCAGCAUCAGGAAACUGACCAUAGCAGCAUCAGGAUACUGACCAUAGCAGCAUCACCACCCAGCAUCAGGAUACUGACCACAGCAGCAUCACUACCACAGCAUCAGGAUACUGACCACAGCAGCAUCAAUACCCAGCAUCAGGAUACUGACCACAGCAGCAUCACCACCCAGCAUCAGGAUACUGACCACAGCAGCAUCACUACCACAGCAUCAGGAUACUGACCAUAGCAGCAUCACUACCCAGCAUCAGGAUACUGACCACAGCAGCAUCAGGAGAACUGAGUUCAGUAGAAUCUGGUCUCACAGCUCUGACUGCUGUUCUGGAACCUUCUGUUCUCUGUUUGUUUGUUUAGUUCAUUUUUUUCUUUCAAACUGUUGUAUAUUGUUUCUGUGAAAAUUAUGUAUUUAUUUUAUAGGAGUUGUAAAUGCGAUGAUGUUCUAGAUCAAAUGUAAAUGUGACUUGUACAGUUUGCUAAAUGAUGAGUUGUGAGACGGAUGCCGUUUCCUACAUUGAGACAGUUACUGUGAGAGGAAACAGACUUCAGCUGUCGCCGAGAACUCUGGGAGUCGCUGCUGAAUUCGUCCUCAUGCCAUAUCUUUUAAAAACGAACUGCCAAACUAUUCUAUUGUAUGAAACUGUGUACAGUUGAAUUAUGUAAAAAAAAAGACUAAAUGAAUAAUACACUUCAGCAUUUUCAGUAUUCACUGUAAAAUGGAGACAUUUACACACAAAAAAUAAUUUAUUCAAAUGUUGAAGUUUAAACGAUAACAAUUGUGUAAAUAUAUACAUAUAUACAUUCACUGAUGUAUUUUUUAAAACAUGGCUUGCUUCAAUUUGUAAUUUUAAAAGUGCAAGUGUUAUAUGCUUUGGACAUUGAAGUUCAAAGGGGUUUUACAUUUUCCAUUAAAAUGGAUUCAUCAAA